ACCAGGCGGCGGCCACAGCCGCAGGAAUAUGCUGGAAGCCGGCAGGCUGGCGCCCGGGAGGUGCUGAAGGGACAGUUCCCGCGCCGAACUUGCCCGGCCGAGCGCGGGUGGGGCGGCCCGGAGCCGGUGGGGCACGUGAGCCAUGGAGACCAUCUGGAUUUACCAGUUCCGCCUCAUCGUGAUCGGGGACUCCACCGUGGGCAAGUCGUGCCUCUUGCACCGCUUCACCCAGGGCCGCUUCCCCGGGCUGCGCUCCCCUGCCUGCGACCCCACGGUCGGCGUGGACUUCUUCUCCCGCCUGCUGGAGAUCGAGCCGGGCAAAAGGAUAAAGCUGCAGCUCUGGGACACGGCGGGACAGGAGCGGUUCAGAUCAAUAACUCGAUCCUAUUACCGCAACUCAGUUGGUGGAUUUUUAGUAUUUGACAUUACUAACCGACGAUCUUUUGAACAUGUAAAAGAUUGGCUAGAAGAAGCAAAAAUGCACGUACAGCCAUUUCAGAUUGUAUUUCUACUGGUGGGACAUAAGUGUGAUUUAGCUUCACAACGUCAAGUGACAAGGGAAGAAGCUGAAAAACUGUCAGCAGACUGUGGAAUGAAGUAUAUAGAAACCUCAGCAAAAGAUGCUACAAAUGUAGAGGAAUCCUUCACAAUCUUGACAAGAGACAUAUAUGAACUUAUUAAAAAGGGAGAAAUUUGUAUUCAGGAUGGCUGGGAAGGAGUCAAAAGUGGUUUUGUUCCAAAUACUGUGCAUUCUUCCGAGGAAGCAGUAAAGCCCAGGAAGGAGUGCUUUUGCUGACUUCAAACAUGCCAAAGAACAAGAACAGUUUGGGUGUCACUUCAGGAUAAAUAUCAACAUUAAUGGCAGAAGGAUGCAAUGAUAGCAUUUUAAAAAGUUAGGCCUAUACUAAUACUAUUUUGUAAGCUAUUUGAUUCAGAGCACUAUGCUUGUUACACUACAAGAUUGGGUAUUUUGCUAAAUUAUCAGGCGAGGCAGACAACUUUUUGAAACUGGAGUAUCUACAUAAUUCCCUCCAUUCAUACUUCUUACCUUGUUAGCAUAUAGCUGACCUUAGUGUCCAGAUAUGUCAGUAUUAUGCACUUUUCUUGACAGUCCAAAAUGGAUUUUUUUGUCUAAUUGAAGAUUUUAUUAGGAGUUAUAUUACCUUGAGUUAAUUAAUAUUGAAUAUUAAAGUGCAUUCAAAAGUAUGCUGUUCAAUUGCAAAGUAAACAGUCUCAGAAGUAUUUUUUAAGAAUUUAACUUUUUUUAAUUUUUUUUUUUUUUUUUUUUUUUUUUUUUAGUGUGGUGCUGAGGAUUGAACCCAGGACCUCACCCAAGGUAGACAAGCACUCUACCACUGAGCUACAACCCAGCCCUCAAAAAUAUUGACUAGGACAAAAGUAGCUGUUCCUUGUUUAAGAUCCCAGAUUUUUUACGAUUCUCAGAAGUACUUAUCCUCCCUUAUUUUUGCCUGAAAGUGGGAAAAUAAGUUUUAUACUCAUUUUUUGCUUGAUUUAUUGCUCUUGAAAAUUUUAUUUUAUAAGAUGUAUAAGGAUUCAGACUAUAUAUAUAUAUAUAUAUAUAUAUAUAUAUAUAUAUAUAUAUAUACUUUUUUUUAGAGAGAGAGAGAGAAUUUUUUUUAAUAUUUAUUUUUUAGUUUUCGGCAGACACAACGUCUUUGUUUGUAUGUGGUGCUGAGGAUCAAACCCGGGCCGCACGCAUGCCAGGAGAGCGUGCUACCGCUUGAGCCACAUCCCCAGCCCUCAGACAAAAUAUUUUAAGCAAAUAUUUAUAAAAACAAAAAUGAAGGACCACUCAAUCGCAGAUAUUUUGAUGUUGUAGUAUACUGUCUGGAUUUAGACAAGAAAAUACAAAAUUUAUUUAUAUACUGACAUUUUCCAUGAAAAAAGGAAUUAACUUUGAACCACUUUCAAAAUUUUCCAUAUAGACACAAGAAUGUUUUUAGUAACAGCAUUUUUGUCCAAGUAAAUUUCCAAAUUUUCCCAUUUCAAUACAAUAGAAGUGUAGAAAAAAGACUUUUCUGGACAAGGAAAAUGGGUUAGAUGCUUGAUAAAUUUAGCAUUCAAAUUGCAUUUUACAAUCUCCCCAGUACAAGUAAAGAUAGACAAAAUGGAUGAGAAUCAGUUAAGAAUAUAAAAUGACUUUCAACUUUUCUAAUUUUGAAUUUAUUGAUUAAACUUUCUCUCUUAGGACAUUUUGAGCAUACUAUCAAAUAUUUUAUAUGACAUACAUGUCCAUUUUGUUCUGUAAACUGUUCUUAUUACAAAGAGUUACCAAAUGAAGCUGCCUUUCUAGAAGCAUAAAAUUUUUACCACUGAA